GAAAAAGAAACUUGUGCGGAAUAGGAGGGUGUUAAAUAAGUGCGUUUAAAAUGGCAUUGCUGAUAAGCGUUUUGGUUUGUAUUAUCGUCACAUGCUUCCCAACGGCGGAAGCCUCGGAACUCUGUAAGGUUAUCAAAUAUGACACAGUGUCGUACUGCCCCGACGGCACAUACUGCUGCCCGAAUGAAGAAAAGUGUUGUUCAACCAGAUCGGUAAAUACAAACAAACGGGCCGGUGCUGAGCCAGUGCAUUACAAAAAAGUAGAAUUGGGCAAUGGAUCAACACCGAACUUCAUGGCCUUCGAUAUUCGGUAUUUGCUCAUAGCUGGGGCAUUUAUGGUUGUAAUCGUGUGUUGCAUGAAGGAAAAUAUGUGUUCGUUUUUUAGCAUUGUCUCCAAAAGAUCUUGUUGGUGAUGUGACAUUUUAAAUUACGUAAUAAGGCUAUAUAAUUAAUACUUAUGCACGGUUUUAAGAAUAGAUCAGAUAUAUCAU